AUAAUAAUAUGUGCACGACAGGAGAAUACUAUCUAUGUCUAAUCUGCUAUAAAUCGUGGCUUAAAAAUUUUUUCGCGAACAGUAAAAAGAUUCUUAGUCAGAUCUUACGUGCAACUAUGACGAUAUCCUCCUCAGAAGUGUUCAUAAUAAUUGCAAAUAUUUGAGAGCGAUAAACGAGUGAAAGGCAUUAGAAUGCAUUAACGCAAGUGUUAAUACGGAAUUAAUUAUAAUUUAUAGUCGAAAUGCACGUAAUUCGAAUAUUUAACAACGGUAUCCACGACGGUUCGCCAUUUCAAUGAUUGGUUUCUGAAUUAUCCACGCUUGCGCGUACAUCAAUAAGAAAAAGAGAGACGGCAUUGUACGUAAAUUGAACGAAAUGAACAAUUACAAGUGGAGUAGAAAAAAAGGUACUUUGCAAUUAAAUAAACAGGGUAAUCCAAUAAAGGAAAGGAAAAAGAAUAGACACAGGCUAUUAACAAAACCUCACGAAACAGAAGAUGAAGCUAUAAUUCGGAGAUUUCACGAUGCACAAAGAAUGGCAAGAUUUCGAGCUAGAAAGAAGAAAGCUUUGGAGGAUGUGGAGACACUUAAGACAGAAUUAAACAGAAGAAAUAUUACUUUUGAAACUGUUGACUCUAUUGUCUCCAUAGCAAAAAUGAAACAACUUCAAACAUAUUUCCCUAUACAAAAUCCAUCAAUUGUACAUUCAGUUUGUGAACAAAGUAAAUAUUCCCAAUUAUUGAAAGUCAUUGAGGAAUUAGGAAGGAACAUUAAAUUAACAUAUGCUGGUAGCAGAAUUUCAGUAGAGAGAUUAAAACUAGAUAUCAUAAAAGCCAGGAUGCUGGUAAAAGAAUGCUUAAUGGAAACAGAAAUAAAUUCACAGCAAUAAUUAGCAAUAUAUAAGUAGACAUAAUAUAACUUAUUGUUAUGAUUCUAUUAGAAUGUACAAAUAUCUUAUUUAAAUUUUGUAUAGAGAUAAAUAUAGCAAUAUUACAAGAGUAAUACUCAGAGAUCAUUUACUGUUGGAACAAUAGCAAUAAUUGUGAGUGUUAUGCUCAUAGACGCUUCUCUUCCAUUAACAAAUGAUAAAACACAAAAAGAAUUACUUUCACUACUGAGAAGGAUAUAAAUGCUAUGCAAUACAUGAUCAUUAAAAAUAAAAAGAAUUCGUUGAUAUAGUAACAAUAAUACUCCAUAUAGGUUAUGAAAAAAACACGUAUGAAUAAUAACCCUUUUACAUACGAAAAAUAAAAUUUAAUAAAAUUUGAUGACGAUUAA